AACAAAACAAAUUACGAAAUGAAUGAAUUCGUUCUUUGCAGAUCCGGAUGUUUGAUUUUGUGAACAUAACCUUGCAAUUUACAUUGAAUGAAAGAAAAAGUCGACGAACGAAACGAACCUCUCUUGUAAAUCUACUUUACGCGUCUUAAAUAAAAUAAUAAUAAUAAAAGUGUCCUUUAUCGCUAUUAUUUAUAACGUGAAAUUUACUACCGUUAACAAUAACAUUUCGCCAAGGACAUGGAAGACGAGUUAGAGGACAGAGUGCUGUACCAGACUUAUCUUUCUUUUAUGAAAAUUGUGAGUCGUUUCUCAAGCAGUGUUCCCUUUGAUACUCCCGUGAGCUAUUUAUGGAAAAUGGUGCGUCUUUAUUUACUACGAUCAGAAGUUCUAGUGUUCACUCUAGGAGUUAUUAUAUUCUUUAUGUAUCUACAAACGAUCGAAUUAUGGAGUCGCACCUUGCUAAGCCGAUUGUCCCAAGCUAUGAGUCCCAUAAGCGCCGUACAACGUAUGAAGUUCAUGGAAGGCUCUGAAGCAGACAAACAGAGCUGGGAGCUAAAAGGUGAGGCAAGUGCAGCUUACGCAAUCAAAGGCCGAAGGAUGCACAUGGAGGACAGAUUUAUCAUCAAUGAGAACAUCAACAACACGGGCAUAUCUUUAUUUGCCAUAUUCGAUGGGCACGGCGGCGAGUUUGCCGCCAACUACGCAAAGGACCACUUGAUUCAAAAUCUAUUUAAUAAAAUAGUAGAAUUAAAUGCAUUUAAGGAUGGCAAAUUAAUCGCCACUCCCAAAGAGACAGCUGAUGAAUCGAAAAAAGAUGAGGGUAAAGAGAAGGAUGCUGCUGUUGAAAGAAAAACUAGUUUUAAGAAGUCUGCAAGUACUGCCGAAGAUACCUCAAAGAAAGAAAUCACUGAUCCUCAACUGUUAGCUCAAUUAUCAAAGGCAAGGCCCAUUACAAGGGAGGUGAGGCCAACAACAACUCCAAUUAAAACUGUUGUGGUUCCACUGACAAGUUACAUGGACAAAGGAAAGAUUAAUUAUGGGAAGCUGUUGACUGAUGAGGUGUUGGCAGCAGACCGACUGCUGGUGGAGGCUGCCAAGCGAUCCAUGAAUGUGGCGGGAACUACGGCUCUCAUUGCCAUUAUGGAGGGAAAUCAUCUAACUGUCGCCAAUGUUGGUGACUCUAGAGGAGUUAUGUGUGAUUCUCGAGGCAAUGCUAUCCCUGUCUCUUUCGACCACAAACCUCAGCAGGUGCGAGAACAGAAAAGAAUUGAAGCAGCUGGGGGAUACAUUGCAUUCAAUGGAGUGUGGAGAGUAGCAGGUAUCCUGGCAACUUCUCGAGCCAUGGGUGACUACCCGCUCAAGGACAAGAGGUUCGUCAUCGCUGACCCUGACAUCCUCACCUUUAACCUCAAUGACCACAAACCCAUGUUCGUCAUCCUAGCGUCUGAUGGCCUUUGGGACUUAUUCUCUAAUGAGGAAGCCAUUAAAUUUAUCAAAGAACGCUUAGACGAACCAGACUACGGAGCCAAAAGUUUAACACUCCAAGCUUACUACAGAGGCUCUGCAGACAACAUAACAGUUAUAAUAAUAAAUUUUGUAAACAAUCAAAUAUCUUCUGCGUCUAUCUCACAGUAAUAAUGAUAUAUUUCAAUAAUCUAAAUUGAGAAUUUCCUUAAGAUCUGUCCAUAUUUGGUCUAAAUAUUUUUUUACUAAAUUGACUGCCCCAUUCAUUAGAUAAUAAUAAUUGAUUUGUGUAGAUUUUUUAUUCGUCAUAAUUUAAUAAUGUUAAAAGUACAAGCAAGUACAGUACAGAUGAAUUAGAUUACAUCAUAUCUUCUUAUCAAGUUAUUUUUUAUCAUUUAUGGCAUGAAUGACAUUUUAUGUCUUACAUAUUUCAUAGUUUACAUUUAAAUGUAAAGACAUUGCAUAAUAGUAUGCAUUUGUGUUAUGGAACAAUUAAUAAUUUGUAUAGUUUUGUUUUUAAACUAACUUCAUUGUUGUAUUCUAAUUAAUAUUGAUAUUAUUCAGUAGAUAUAAAAUUUAAUGUAGUCAUGAGCAAUAAUCAUGUACCCACUUUAGAACCCUGUCACACUAUCAAAUUUGACAUUUAAUGAGACUUACAGUUUAUUUUGUCAAAAAAGUUAAUGUGACAUGGUUUCAAAGUGUAUACAUAUUAGUACUCAGACAGUACCUAUAUUACCUAAACACUAAAUUAGUAGUUUUGUCCAGUAGAAAAUCUACCUGCAUAGAUAAAAAGAGUCAUAUUUUUAAAUAUUAUACAUAUAUUCUUACCUAUGUAUAGUGUCAUAUUUUUGAAAUCGAAAAUUUUGAAUUUAUGGAUGGUUGUGAUUGUGAACACAUAAAAUUUCACAAGUAAUAUUGUGUUAAAAAAAUAGUCCUGAUUGUAUUUUAAGUAGGUUUAUCAAUCUGCAACUUAUUUGUUACCUUGCAGGCUUGUAUGUAGAUGGAGUGUUGUGUUUUGUUACAUAUAUUUUAGUUCCAUUGUUGCAUAAGGAAAGUGAUAGUUGUCCAAAUUGAUAUGUAGCUAAACAUGUGGCUAUGUUCAAACUGUAACGGACAGUUUUAAUCCAUGUAUCGUAUUUUAUCUAUGAAUAAGAAUUACUAAAUUGGCGUGUUCAUCUUAUAUUUACCUAUUAUGCAUUUCAAGUGAUUUUGCUUGCUUAUACUGUGUGUAUAGUUGUUUGAUAACAGGAUUUAUAAAAUCCCGAAGCAACCAUCUGCAAGAAACAGUGCAUCACUCAAUUUGCUCUUGGUGCUAGUCAUGAUUUUUUAUAAAAACGUUCUUUAUAAUGUUACACACUUGUGCAUAAUUAAUAUUAGUUAUUUUAUAAGCACAUCUAUGUAUUAAGAAAAAGUAUUUUGUAUUUUAUGUAUUGUUUGGUCACACUAGUGGUGUUGAUUAGCUCAUUAUUUGACAAGAAAUAUUAGAGGGAUAUUUUAAACUAUAUAUAAACCUGGUUUUAAAAUUUCUGUAUUUGUUAAUUUUUAAGUCACCAAAUGGUUAGGCCUAUUAGAAUAUUUCCAUCUAUAUAUUCUUUUGUAAACUUCAUUGAAUUGGGGCCAAAUAUUAUCGACCUUUAUAUCUGGUCAAGUGGUAAAAAAUGUUGUCACAAUAUUUUUAAAUUAAGUGCCAAAUUAUAUUGGUUUUGCCAAUAGUCGCCACGUUUAGUUCUACAAUAGAAAGUAUACUCUUGCCAAGUUUAAACGCGCAGUUAUUAGUCAGUUAGACUUAAAAGUGCGUUUGAACGAUUGCAUUGUUCCUACAAUAUUGUAAUCUUUACUACUAUCUAUCAACUCAAACUAUCUUCUAACAAACUGGAAACUCACAUACGAGUUAAACUUAUCUAAUCAUUUGCUGUUUAAACUACCAAAGUAUGAUAUAUUAUUGUGCGUAAAUAAUUAAAUGGUGAUGUGGAAAAUA